AUGGGCAAACUGCGAAAGAAGCACAACUGGAAAGGGAGACAGCAGUGUGAACAGGCCGAACAUCAACAGCCAGUGAAAGCAGAAGAGGCUGAAAUUAUAUUGGAACUACAAGAUGUGACAAGGUUAAAGGGUGUCGACGAAAGUAACGCUUUGGUGCUCCCGGCCAGCAAAGCCAAAAAGAAGAAGCCCUCGGUGACUCCUGUUCCCAGUAAGAAGCCGCUCACCAAAAAGCGGCGGAAAGAGCUGCAAAAAGUGCUGGAUAAAAAGGAAAAGAAAGCUCAGAGAGCUGACAUCCUGACACGACUGGCUGAAGUCCAGGUUCCAGAUUCUGAACUGAAGCUCCUUUACAACACAUCCAAACUGGGAACUGGGGAGAAGCUUUACCACGCUAAACAGUCAUCAGAGGAAACGAUAGAUGGCGUUUCUGGACCGAAGUUCAGCAGUGUCAGCGGGGCCAACAGGAAGAGAAAAUGGAAAGAAGAAGAAGAGGUGGAACAAGAUGUACAAGAUGUUAGCGAGGUCUCAUCUAGUGAUGAUGACAGCGAUGAACAGGAGGAAGAAGUUAGUGAAGUGAAUCAACACACAGAGAUAAGUGAGUGUAAGGAAAAAAGUUCUCCCUGUGAGGAGAUAAAAGAGACGGUGAACACUGAACAACAGAAAGACGAGGAAGCCAAGAAGACAAAGUCAAAUACCUCCUAUACGAAGCCACAGCCGGCUGUCUUCGUCCCGGUCGACAGAUCACCAGAAAUACAGGAGUCCCGUUUGAAGCUACCAGUGUUGGCAGAGGAGCAGGUCAUCAUGGAGGCUGUGAGAGAGAACCCCUGUGUCAUCAUCUGUGGAGAGACUGGAAGUGGGAAAACAACACAAGUGCCCCAGUUUCUGUACGAAGCCGGUUACGCCAGUGACCCUGGAAUGAUAGGCAUAACCGAACCAAGAAGAGUAGCAGCUGUCAGCAUGUCACAGAGAGUCGCCAAAGAGAUGAACCUGCCCACACGCGUGGUGUCCUAUCAGAUUCGAUAUGAGGGUAAUGUGACGGAAGAGACCAAGAUAAAGUUCAUGACGGAUGGUGUUCUUUUGAAGGAGAUACAAAAGGACUUCCUGCUUCGGCGUUACAGUGUGAUCAUCAUAGACGAGGCACACGAGCGAAGUGUGUACACGGACAUUCUCAUAGGACUGCUCUCCCGUAUAGUUCCCCUCAGAAAUAAGAAAGGUUUGCCUAUGAAGCUGUUGGUCAUGUCCGCUACUCUGCGUGUGGAAGACUUCACCGAUAACCAGAAGCUGUUCAAGACCCCUCCGCCCAUCAUCAAGGUGGAUGCUCGACAGUUUCCUGUCACGAUACAUUUCAACAAACGCACCCCGCUGGAUGAUUACACAGGGGAGGUGUUUCACAAAACCUGUAAAAUUCACCGCAUGCUGCCUUCAGGGGGCAUCCUUGUAUUUCUUACUGGCCAGGGGGAGGUUCACAACUUGUGCAGGCGACUGAGGAAAGCAUUCCCCUUUAGGAAGGGCAACACAAGCAAUGGCUGUGUGGAAGACACAGACAGCUCAGAGGCAGUGAAGAGCUUCAAGAAGGCGAAACAGAAGAAGAAUGUUUCCCUGCCCCAUAUUGACCUUAACAACUACUCCGCUCUACCUGUGGACGAAGGAGACGAGGACAGAGCAGCGGGGAUAGAUGAGGACGAGGGCUCUGAUUUGGACAUUGGCGACGAUCCUGGCGAUACAGAGGAAAAGGCUGAUCCAUCGAUUCCCAUGUACGUCCUGCCGCUCUACUCUUUGCUGGCUCCAGAGCAACAAGCCAAGGUGUUCAAACCCCCUCCUCCUGGCACACGUCUGUGUGUAGUGGCCACCAACGUGGCAGAGACCUCUCUGACCAUCCCAGGCAUUAAAUAUGUUGUCGACUGUGGCCGUGUGAAGAAGCGCUUCUACGACCGUGUGACAGGCGUGUCAUCCUUCAAGGUCACAUGGACCUCGCAGGCAUCAGCCAACCAGAGGGCAGGUCGAGCAGGACGGACAGAGGCGGGACAUUGUUACAGGCUGUACUCGUCUGCAGUGUUUGGUGACUUCAGUCCGUUCUCAGAAGCAGAAAUCAGUCGCAGGCCUGUGGAUGACUUGGUACUCCAGAUGAAGGACCUCAACAUAGAAAAAGUGGUCAAUUUCCCCUUCCCGACUCCACCUUCGACUGAGGCUCUUGUGGCAGCAGAACAGUUGUUGGUCUCCUUAGGUGCCCUCAAAGAGCCACCCCGCAUCGGAAGAGCGAAAGAAAUUGAGAAAGCGAAGCUGAGUUGCCCCAUCACCCCGCUGGGACGAGCCAUGGCCUCCUUCCCCGUAGCACCACGCUAUGCCAAGAUGCUGGCGCUUGGCCAGCAGCAGGAGUGCCUUCCUUACGUCAUUGCCGUGGUGGCCGCAAUGACCGUCCGUGAGAUUUUUGAAGACCUCAACAGACCUGCAGGUAGCGAGGACGAGAACUCCAAGUUGUCCCAGCGUCGUGCUCGGAUGGCCCAAAUGAGGAGGCUGUGGGCGGGGCAAGGGCCGUCACUUUUGCUGGGGGACGUCAUGGUCAUGCUGGGUGCCGUCGGCGCAUGCGAAUUCAGUGGUUGCACUCCAAAGUUUUGUGAAGAGAACGGCCUUAGGUACAAAGCUAUGGUGGAGAUCCGCCGUCUCAGGAGUCAACUCACUAAUGCAGUGAACACCGUGUUCCCCAAGAUAGGUGUGUUCGUCGACCCCAAGAUGUCACCCCCUACAGAGCACCAGGUGGUAUGCUUGCGACAGAUCACUCUAGCGGGCCUCGGCGACCAUCUGGCGAGGAGAGUGCAGGCCGAGGAAUUGUUGGAUCCAAAUUGGAAGAACGCUUACAAGACACCACUCAUGGACGACCCGGUUUUCAUUCACCCGACAUCACCGCUCUUCAAAACGCUGCCUGAAUUUAUUGUCUACCAGGAAAUAAUGGAGACCACCAAGAUGUACAUGAGAGGCGUGUCCGCUGUCGAAGCAGAGUGGGUCCCUCAGCUCCUUCCUCAGUACUGCCACCUUGACCCUCCUCUGGAAUCCCCAUCGCCGUGGUUUUGUUCCUCCACAGGCAGCAUCAGGUGCCACCGUUCAAGCACCUUCUUCCGAGUGGGCUGGCAGCUUCCUGCAGUGGAGAUGGAAUAUCCUGAUGGUCUGGAGAGAUACAAACUGUUUGCCCAGUUUAUUCUAGAUGGACAGGUUUGUCCUAAACUUAAGGCACGUAGGGGCCAUCUGCUUUCAAACCCCUCCAUCAUGAUGAAAUCGUGGGCCAAGCUACAGCCCAGGACAGAAGCUGUGCUGGGAGCUCUAGUGUCACGGAGAGUCGACUGCAGGGAUGCCCUCCUCUCCCUGUGGAAGACUGACGAUAAAUUCUUGCUGUCGGCAUACUGCCAGUGGUUGCCCGAGGCCAUGCAUCAAGAUGUUGCCAAAAGUUGGCCUCCAGUAUGA